UCCUCAUUCUCACCCUCACACACUAAAAACAGUAACUAAGAAGAAACGCUCCUCGAUUUCGAUCGAAGAGGAAGGUUUUUGGGUAUCGAUGGAGGGGGUCGGGAGAGGGGAAGCGGGGAGCUCGUCGUCUCCGGGGGCUACAAAGGAUCCAUCCGCGGCCUCUGGGGGAAGCAAUGGCGAAGCAGGGGAGGAGAAGGAGAAGAAGCGGGGGAUCGAUGAGGAGGAGGUGUUGGAUGGGCGUGGUGGUGAUGAUGAUCAUGGUGAUGACGAUAAUGAUGAGGAGGUGGUGACCGAUAGGGAGGAUGGGGUUGAUGGGUUCGUUCCCGGGCCUCUGAUCUCUCUCAAGGAGCAGUUGGAGAAAGAUAAGGAUGAUGAGAGUUUGAGGAGGUGGAAGGAGAAGCUGCUUGGUUGUAUCGAUGGAGAAUUAAAUGCAGGCCAAAUGGACCCCGAAGUUAUAUUUCACUCUAUAGGAAUUGUAUCCGAAGGCUGUGCGGAAAUUGUUAGGCCCUUGCCGAUUGUGGAGAAUCAAAGCCGUGUUCUUUUCACUCUAAAGGAGGGAUCCCAGUAUCGUCUAAAGCUUACAUUCAGUGUCAAGCAUAAUAUAGUCUCUGGCCUAGCUUACGUAAACAGAGUCUGGAAGAAAGGGCUCCGAGUCGAUGAAAGUAAGGGAAUGCUUGGAACAUUCGCUCCUCAACGGGCCCCUUACGAGCAUUUGCUGGAAGAGGAGACUACUCCAUCUGGCGUGCUUGCCCGAGGAAAUUAUUCGGCAAAACUCAAGUUUGAAGAUGAUGACAAGAGAUGUCAUCUGGAACUCGACUAUUCCUUUGAGAUCAAGAAACGCUGAGGACAAACUAUCUAUUAUGGCAAAUUAAUGUGGGUUAUAACUGAUUGCAAUAUUAUCAAAGACUUUACGGUGCGAAAUUUCGUGGACUUCGUGGACUUCGUAAUUGUAAUGUGGGUUAUAACUGAUUGCAAUAUUAUCAAAGACUUUACGGUGCGAAAUUUACGCUGUAUACCUGAAAGAGUCGACCAAUCUUCAGCUUCAUAUGGUUUCAUGGAUUUACAGCGGAAAAAUUGCCAUAUUCUUUUUAAAGCAUUACACUGUAAAUCAUCACAUUGUUAUUUUGAGGGAUUCCUACAGGCGUUUAGAGCUGGAAUCUCAUCUUUUAUCACCGUGUCAAAUCGAAAAAGUGAUUCAUCUUUUUUGGGAAGGUUCUUAUUUUUUUCCUCCA